AUGGCAGCACCGGGGAGGAAGAAGGCGACCAAGCCUUCGAAGGUCGUCAAGCCGAGCAAGAACACCCGCCGGUCCACAGCAUCAACGAAGAACCACCGCUUCCAGUCCUUCUCCGAGCGCAUCUCGAAAUUGAAAAUCGAUCCCAUACGUCGGAAGAGAAAAGCAGAGGAACAAGAGGAGCUGUCGCAAGCUACUGAAACAUACUUCGGAAGGGCGUUCGAAGAAUGGCGCGAUCUCAAUAUGUCCAAGACGUUCACAGCGUUUGCGAAAGAAGUCGCGCCGCUAUGCGACAGUCUCGCCAUGAUCUUGUAUCACGAAGAGAAGAUCAUGGACAUUCUGGACGAAUACAUUCGAGUCGGAGACCCUCUCGCGAUGGAGCCUAUACUCAGCCUGCUGUCGCACUUCGCCCACGAUCUGGAUGUACGAUUCGAGAAGCACUUUCAGCGAGCAGUAGCCACGAUCACAUCAGUCGCAGCGAGCAACGAGGAUCCUGCUGCGGUGGAAUGGUGCUUCAACAGUUUGGCAUGGCUCUUCAAGUAUCUGUCAAGGGUAUUGACACCGGACUUGCGACCAGUCUACGACCUGAUGUCGCCGUACAUGGGCAAGACACGACAGAAGCCUUUCAUUAUCCGAUUCGCUGCAGAAAGUCAGAGCUUUCUGAUACGCAAGGCUGCUGCAACUUACGAACGCGAUCCUGUACCUCUCGAUCUGAUCAUUGGACACGCUCUUGAAGACUGUCAGGCGUCUUCAGACCACCCGUCAGCAGAUUUCUAUCGGCAAGGUGUGAUGACCUUGCUAACAGAGGCGAUCAAAGGUGUACAGAAUGGCGUACACUCGAGCGGACCAGCUACCAUCCAGAGUCUACUCAAAGAGGCCGAACAGUCGGCAUCGCAGUCACAAAGCCAGCAUGCAAACAUGCUGACUGGGAUCGUUACCAGUCUGAUACACCACACCACUCCCGAGACCUUCCAGCCCUUGCUUCACACAAUCUUGCAGCAUGUUGACGCAUCCCUGACUGCUGAGAAUGACACGCAUCUGCCUCUACACAGUCGACUGGUCUACACCAUGGUCUCGGUGCGCAAAGGUGCAAGAGUCAGCGAUUGGUCUUCCACCAUUUCGACGUUGCGCGAAAUGAUGCGAUUGGCUACGAAGGUUCCUGACGACGACCUCAAAACUCGUUACUCGAUCUUGAGUGCUCUUGCUGUUGCGCUGCAGUCAGCUCCUAUCGACGCGGUCCUUCCUGCUUUGAAUUUGCUUCCCACGCUUCGAACGGAACCUUGGGCUUCGCACUUCCUCCACUUCUGUGAUCUAUACGCCCGUCUGGGACAGGAAAGAUUCCAAAGCUUUCUCUUACCGGAGCUUCAGCGAUUCGUUGUCGAGCAAUGGCAGCGGUACACCAGCGACAUCCUGCUUCUGCUUCCAAGGGUCCUUGCCCCGAACCAGCAGAUAACCUGUCCAGUUGGUAUGCAACAAAACAUCAAGAUACAGCUACGAAGUCAUCCUCAGGACACCAGCAGCCUGCAUUCGCUGAACACACUGUUGGUGGCCCUUCCACAUCUGAAGAUCGACGAUAGCAGAAGAGAGGCUAUCAAAGUCGACCUUCUCGGCUACGUUGAGGCUGCACUGGGAGCUGAAGGUGAUGAUUCAACAGAGCUUCGAAACUUUGGCUUAGGUGCUUGCUUCCAGACAGUGCUUAACGGCGGCGAUGCCUCAGAGCGCAUAGGCUCGCUGUGGCCUUUACUAUGUCAGAUCAGCAGACAAGUUAUCAACUUGUCACAAUUCUGGGGAAACAUGCUCCGUUAUGUUCAGCUCUAUCCACCAGGCCCGGAGCUUAUGGACGGAUCAGAAACGGCAUUGCUCGAAGAGUCACUCAUCCAGUGCCUCUCAAUGUCUUCCCACGAUAUCCGAGAUGCGGCACUGAAUAUACUUCAACAAAUUUACAAGCUCCAGCAGCAGCCCGUACCGGAGGUAUUGUCAGCCGCCGUCACGAUCGAGUCGACACCAAUCAGCCUAGAGGCGAGCCGCGGCAUCUCGAUGAAUAUCAGACGGCUCGGCCUGGGUUACAGCAAUGCCCAGCAUGAUUCGCUCGUGCAGAAAGCGAUACCGCGAUACUGCUUCGGUCUGCUGCACAUCCAGCUUACCCCGGCUUGGAACGAUGCAAUCGACGCCCUUGCGGAAAUGUCGAAGGAUCCUGUUGCCGAAGGCAUCAUUACAAGUCUGUCGCAGGCGUGGCUGGAAGGCCAGACCACAAACACUUCUCCAUUGGCCAGUGAAGAGCAUGACCAGGUCUUGAACGUGGAGACGAGUGGUUUCAGAGUGUUCUCGGAUUUUGAAUGCUCAAAUAUGGUUAAGAUGAUGGCGAUCUGCGACCAAGUUUUUGAGGCUGCCAACCACGGGUAUCCUUCGAUCGAAGAGCAGUUCAAUCAGAAUCAUGAGGUCAUCCCGAUGGUUUCGACAAAUGCCCGCCAGCAGGCUCUGAGAGUACUCAAUAAGAUGCCCAACAUUGCUGAGAAGAAGUCGCGCAUGCUUGUUCCGGUGUUGCUGUCAUGGGCAUCUUCUACCACGACCGAAUCGGACGACGCAGCAUGGUCGCAUGGAUGGUCGAGGAAGGACCAGAAAGCAAUGCUAGCGCUGUUCGCCCAGUUCACAAACCCUAAGGUACUCUUCAGAUCCGGUGAGGUCUACGAUGCGCUACUCAAUCUUUGCGCGAAUGGCGACGUCGAGAUCCAGCGCUCCGCUCUCAAGGCGAUUCUGGCUUGGAAAGACCCUGCUGUCACUCGAUACGCCGAGCAGCUGACGAAUCUUCUUGAUGAAGCACGGUUUCGAGACGAGGUGGCCGUUUUCUUGCAGAGUGAGCAUGACGACGAGGCGGCCAUCAGACCCGAGCACAAGCCAACCUUGAUGCCGGUUCUGUUGCGUCUGCUGUACGGUAGAGCUGUGGCUGGUGGCAAGGAAGGACAACGAGCACGCCGGCGAACGAUCUUCAUGGCGAUCUCCAGGUUUGGACAGGAGAUAGUGGAAGCGUUCGUUGACAUCGCAUUGGCCUCUGCCGGCAUCCCCCAGGCUGAUGCUUGGGAGUCGCUUGACCAAGCUUUGGCACAGUUGAAGUCGCCAGCACGGCAGCAGUUUGGCAUGCUCAAUAUGUUCGACGACCUCUUGAGCACACUGGGAUUAGAGCUCGAGUCUUCGGGAGAAAAGCUACUCAAUGCCAUCCUGCUCUGCACGAUUGCUGCAUCUCGGAAGCUCAACGCGAGCGAGGAUGAGGGUGAUCUGAAAGAUGGUUCGCUCCUGCGCUCAGUGCGCCAGGUCGGUAUGCAAUGCCUUGCGAAGGUCUACCUUGGUAUGGAGAACAACGACUUCUCAGGCCAGAUGAAACUCGUAGCCUCAGAGCUCCUGAUGCCUCGCAAGGACAAGUUCGCAACCGAGAACACGCAGUCGAUUUCCGGUUCGCUGCGAUUGCUGUCUGCAUGGUCCAUGCUAAUGAAGACGGCAAGCUACAUGACAACUCGCCUAGGGUAUGUUCUCGACGGUGUUGCAGAACUGCUAGUUCAAGAGACUGCCAAAGACGAUGUACGACUGUUCGUCCUUCAAGGGAUCUUGGAUAACCUGGCGGACAAAGGUGGCAUACUUGCUGAGGCGCACGUCACGGCUUUCGUACAAUCUAUUGGAUCCGUCAUUAACCGCAACCCAUCCAGCGAGGUCCUGGGCGCCUGUGUCACUUCGUUUUCCAAGCUGGCCGAAUGUAUCAAGAACCAAACCGAGGCUGAAGCGGUGAUGAACGUCUGCACCAGCCUCUUGACGAAACCUAGCAAGCUUGUGUCUCCGAGGACCAAAAUCGGUCUACUCUCGACUCUUGAACCACUUUUGAAAGGCUUUGACGUUCCUGCAGAGUCGCCGCUGUACAUCGCUCUGUCUGGUCUUUUCUCUCGGAUGCGGAGCGACGACGGCCGUCAUGUUCUCUCCGCAGUGUUUGGCCAGCUGUGCAAGAAAGAUGAAGACCUGGCAGAAGCAGCGUCGAUCUGUGCUGACCUCAAUGCAACCGGCAGCAGACUGGACCAAGCCGACGAUGAACGCCGGGAAAGAGGCUUUGUCAAGAUCUUCGAGGGGUAUGAGGAUUUCUCUCUUCAGAUGUGGCAGCCGAUCGUGCACAACUGCUUGUACUUCAUCAGGGACGCCGAGGACAUGGUCAAUCGGGCGAAUGCCGCGCGAGCUCUGGAGCGCUUCGUUGCCGUUUCAGCUACGAAACCGACGGGGUAUGGCCAGAUGAUCACCACCACGAUUCUUCCCAGCAUCGAGCACGGCAUGGCAGAGUCAUCGGAGCUCGUACGUGCAGAAUAUGUCCGACUGCUCGGGCAUGUCGUAGAGAAGGUUACAGACAUGGCUUCGGUCUCCGAUCUUCAGGUCCUGACUGUUGGCGGCGAUGAUGAGGCUUCCUUCUUUACGAACGUUCUGCAUAUCCAGCAGCAUCGUCGUCUACGUGCUCUGCGACGGCUGGCCGACGAAGCAAAUGGAUUGAGUUCAUCCAAUGCCACGAAAUACCUCAUUCCGUUGCUCGAGCACUUCGUGUUCAACCCAGCCGAGGGCGAUGCUGGACGGACCUUGGCAGAUCAAACUGUCAGCACUCUCGGUGCGCUUGCUAAUGUGAUGAAGUGGUCUAGCUUCCGCUUUACGUUCAAGCGCUACACUGGUCUCCUCAAGUCUCAGCCGGAUCACGAGAAAGUCGUUUUGCGACUGCUUGGUGUUCUUGUGGAUGCGUUGCACAGUCAGUCUCGCUCAGGCUGGGACGAGGCUACUAUCAAGACCAGAGCCGAUAUCAUUGUGCGGGACUUCCUACCGCCUCUUAUGGCUUAUCUCCACCUCAAGGACGAAUCGACCGUGGACCGUCGCAUGCCAGUGGCUGUCACCAUCGUCAAGCUUUUGCAAUUACUGCCAGAGGAAGAGAUGUCAAUUCGUCUUGCGCCAGUCUUGACGGACGUUUGCCACGUACUGCGCAGUCGUAGCAUCGAAGCUCGUGAUCAGACGCGGAAAGCACUUGCGGCGAUCCUGGGUCUGGUGGGACCAGCCUACUUUGGCUUCCUUCUCAAAGAGCUACGAGUGGCAUUGCAGAGAGGUUACCAACUGCAUGUGCUGUCGUUCACAGUACACUCGCUCCUUGUCCACGCCAUCGAUCAGUACCAGCCGGGAGACCUCGACCACUGUCUCAGCCAGCUUGCCAUGGUCAUCAUGGACGACAUCUUUGGCGUUACUGGCCAAGAGAAAGAGGCUGAAGAGUACAAGACUGGCAUGAAAGAGAUUAAGAGCAGUAAGAGCUACGAUACGAUGGAGUUGCUUGCGAGAGUCACGCCUGUGCAGCGGCUCGGCCGACUAAUCCAACCGGUGCGGACUCUGCUGAUGGAAAGGCUGGACUUCAAAUCUGCGGAGAAGAUCGAUAGCCUGCUCGCCCGGCUACGGAAAGGCCUUGACCAGAACCCGGCUGCCGAGAGCAGAGACAUGCUAACGUUCUGCCAUGAGAUCGUCCGCCAUGUGUAUGCUGAGCAGUCCGAUGGUGGACCACGAACGAAGGAGGCGGACCCUAGAAGGAACAGGUACCUGAUCAAACCGGAACGACGCGAUACAAAAGGGAGCAAGACGGCGACUACUUCUCACAUCUUUAAGCUUGUGAGCUUUGCACUGAACCUACUUCGCAAAGUUCUGAGACGACAUGAGGAUCUCCAGACGCCGGGUAACCUUGCUGGCUUCCUACCAAUGGCUGGUGAUGCGCUCGUGCAGUCCCAGGAAGAGGUUCAGGUGUCCGCGAUGCGCCUCUUGAGCACCAUCAUGCGCGUGCCUAUUCCGGAGCUUGAGACAGACGCCCCUGUCUACGCAAAAGAAGCGGUGCGGACACUCAAGGCAACCACAAGCAUCAACACGGACGCUGCGAGAGGCGCUCUGGAACUGCUCACUGCCGUGCUUCGUGAGAAGCGCUCAGUCCCCGUCAAAGGCAAGGAUAUCGGGGACGUGCUGAAGACCAUCAAAGUCGACAUCGAUGAGCCGGACAAGCAAGGCGUCGUCUACAAGUUCCUCCGAGCAGUGGUAGGCAGGAAGAUCAUGAUCACGGAAGUCUACGAGAUUAUGGAUGAGGUCUCGAAGGUCGUCGUUACCAACGCUGAUCGCAACGUUCGAGAUGGCGCCAGAAGCGCUUAUAUCCACUUCAUCAUGGAGUAUCCGCAGGGCAAGGACAGGUGGAACAAGCAGGCGGCCUUCUUCGUGGAAAACCUCAAGUACGAACAUCCCGCGGGGAGGCAGAGUACGAUGGAGCUGCUGCAUCAGUUGCUGCUCAAGGUGCAGGAUGAUGUUUUAGCGCAGCUUGCAUUUACGCUUUUCGUGGCGCUCGUACCGGUGCAGGUGAGCGACACCAACUUUGACUGUCGGCACAUGGCGGGGAUCUUGAUCGCGAAGCUGUUUGAGCGAGCGGAUGAUGAGCACUACAGCACAUAUGUGGGUUUGCUAGAGAAGUGGUUGCGAUUGCAAGGAAAUCCAACUGUGCAGAAUGCAGCGCUACAGUGCUGGCAGGUGUGCUUGCGAACUCGACUGCCGGCGACACGACGACUGGAGACUUUGCGGAAUGAGAUCGACUCGAUGCUGGAUCAGCUGAAAGAUGGGGAAGCUGAGGCGACAGACGAAGUGGCAAACAAUGCUUUGCAGACAUUUGAUAUCUUGCUUGAUGCCGCGCCCGUGGUAGCGUUCUCGAAGAAGUCCGCCAGCAUCUGGGAGAAGUUGCGGUCCGCGCUCAGGUUUUCGAAGAGCGAGAUCAAGAUCAUUGCCGCGCGGAUGCUCGAGCGACUGUUCUCCGACGUUGCCAGCACUUCCUCCAAACUCUCAUCUGGACUUUCAGCAGUGCCACUUCGUGGCUCGCAAGGCCUCGAGCUUCAUGGGGACGAUUUGCGAUGGUUCUGUGCUGUCAACAUCAGAGUCUUGCUGUCUCAUUCGGACGACACCGAGGGAGUGCUGCCGACACAGACUGCAAGAAACCUCGCAUUCCUGGGGAGGUGCUUCGCCGCCAAUAACAUGACAUGGCGUGCAGAUGAAGGCACAAACUCAGACGACGAAGAAGUGGAGACACCGGACACUGGCAAGGAUCCGUCCGCGAUUGCCUACCUUCUCAAUCGCCUGUCGUACAUCAUACGCCAGGAGAGGAUUGCCAUCUCGUGUCGGCUGGCAGCCAUUGAGUGCCAGAUCUCACUCGUCAACCACGUAUCGACACUCCCGGAUCUCGCCGGAACAAUUCGGCCAGCGUACCUGCUGACAGACAACACCAUCCCUCAACAACUCGGAGAAGCGCACGGUAGGCUUGUUGAGAAGGCAUCUGAGCUCCUAGAGCUACUGCAGAAGAAGGUCGGCUCCACGACGUAUCUGUCAGCUCUCGGCAACGUGCGCGGCGAAGCUAAGGCAAGGAGAGAAGAAAGGCGACAGAAAAGGAAGAUCGAAGCGGUCAGUGCGCCGGAGCGGUGGGCGAAGGACAAGAGGAAGAAGCAUGAUGCACGGAAGGUCACGCUCAAAGCGAGAGCUUCGGAAGCGAGAGGGAAGAGACGAGGGUGGUAG